CUUUAACAGUGCAACAGUGGAUUAUACACAUCUCAGUAAACUUUCUAACACCAACAAAGCUUUCCAAAUAUUCAACAUGAAGACAAUCGUACUUUUCUCCGGUCUCAUCUGCGCCUUUUGCCUAUUCCAGGCGAUCUGUGCAGCCCCUGCUGGAGUAGAUGUUGGCGAAACAGAGGAAGCACAAUUGAGUGGAUUUGGGGAGCAACCUCUUUCGGAGUUGAUUCGUCAAAAGCGCGCCACUUGCGAUCUACUGAGCGGUUUCGGCAUCAAGCACAGUGCGUGUGCGGCCCAUUGUCUACUCCGUGGCAACCGUGGUGGUUACUGCAAUGGACGUGGAGUUUGUGAAUGUCGUAAUUAAAGAUGUACGACUGAAGAGAGGAGAAUAAGGCUACUUUAUAACUAGAUGGAAAAUUGAAUUAGUCAAAAAUUUAGUACGAGAAUUUGUAUUUAGAAAUUUAUAGGAUAUGAUGGAAUAAAUAAAAAAUUUUAAAAAGUAA